AAAAAGUCUUCUGGCAGCAAGUUAGAAACUGAAUAUGUGACAGGAGCUGGGGACAACGGAGGACUGGCAGAACUGCCUAUCCUGGUGGGAGGCUGGUGGCCGUGGGGGAGCUGGAGGAGAAGAGGGUGCCCUGAUUAAUUUGGGGCGGAGUGCCUGAGCGCAGGUGGGAUAGCCUCCCUCAAGAGACCUAGUUUGAGGUUCUUGGCCUUGGCCCUUUCCAGUUAUGUGAUCUCUGGCAAACUCUGACCUGCCAGAGCCUCCUCCUCCUUCCCUGUGAGAUGCAGACAAAGAUGGAAGGAGUCAACGUGUGGUGAAGCCCACUGCGGGGGCACUUGGGCCAAAGUGAUUGUAAGGAAAGCAGGAUUACAGGAGUUGGGACCAGGUCUCCCGACAAGGCCCAGGAAGGCUUCCUGGAGGAGGCCCUUGAGGCCGGCUGGGGAAUGGCACAGUUAGUGCCAUUCAGGCCCUAAAGCCGUCCUCCGUACGGAGAUUGCGCCAGCUCCCUUUAACCUGGGGCCGGAACGCUCAGCUCCAGAGAAGGGCGGGCCCGAGGGCCGGGAAUCUCCGAAAGGGCGGGUUUCGCGCGCGCGGCGCGGGCCUUCCCAGCGGGAGAGGGAGGCCGGACCCAGACAAACCAACAGGAAGCGGAGCGCGGCUGGGCUGGCGGGUGGCGGUUGGGGUCCGCGGCCGCGUCUCCAGGGCUGCGGGCAGGCCGAGGGCAGGCGGGCGGGGACGGACUCUGAGCCCUUUCGCCUGCGGUCCCAGCCAGGAACAAGGGGCGUCCUGACCGGGCGGGACCCCGACUCCCGGUCCUCUCGGGAGCGCGCCGACGGAAAUCCGGCGCUGGGCGCGCACCGGGGACGGCGCCCAGGGUCGAGCGCAGACCUAGGUACGAACAGGAAAGCGUGAGAGAACCCGACUCCAGCGGUCAGGAAAUGGGGGUCCCAUCGCGAGGACCCCAAACGCGGGGUGCCUUACACUCCAGCCCCCCCCCCAUUCACUUAUCUGACACAGACGGACACAAUCACCCCUUUCCUUGCCGGGGCCACUGCCCCCACAUGGUAGAUAAGAGUCCUCCACCUCUGGUCAAAGCUGGUUCUCCAGGCUCCUCUGCACACAGGUCUUCCUGCCUGCCACCCUCCCAGUCCUGGGGUUCUCAUUCCCCAGCCCUAUUUCAACUCUGAUCUGUCCAGCUGAGGCUCUGGGCUCUGUGGACCAGUUGGCCUAGCUCAAGACUCCCCCACCCAGCCAGAAUCCCCAUGCGCCUGAGUAGGAGGAGGAGGGCCCAUGCCCACCCCCUCCCCCUCCUCCCCCUGACUCCUCAGCCCCCCCAGGCCGUGCCUGAGCAGGCCUGUUUGGCAGGCUGGGACAUGUCUGGCCCCCGAGGACAGCCUGUGGGCUAUGGCUGCAGAGGAGGAGUGGCUGGAGCCCGAGGCAGCUGCUCCAGAAGAUGCUGCGGGAGAGGUUGUGGAUGCUGUGGAUGGCGAGCCUGGGGACCCCCAUCUCCUGCUUGGGAACCGGUUGAACCUGCACCUGUACCCCCGGGGCUGCCACCGGCUGUCACAUCUGUGUGCUCAGCGGGCCCCGCAGCUGCUGGAAGUAGAGUUCUUGCAACUGAGCGGCCACGAGGACCCUCGGCUGUUGGAGGCCACCCUGGCCCAGGUGCCGGCCAACCUGCAGCACCUUCGCUCCCUGGUCCUCAGAGGUGGACAACAGCAGGACGUGCUGGGGGCCUGCUCCCGGGGCUUCCUCACCACACUGCCCACUGGCCUGAGUGACUUGGCCCGCUUGGCCCACCUAGAUCUGAGCUUCAAUAGCCUGGAGACACUGCCAGCCUGUGUCCCGCAGAUGCGUGGCCUGAGCACCCUCCUGCUGUCUUACAAUUGCCUCUCAGAGCUCCCGGAUUCCCUUGGAGCCCUUCCCUCCCUCUCCUUCCUUUCUGUGAGCCACAACUGCCUGCGAACGCUGCCCCCAGCACUGGGAUCCCUGUCCGCCCUGCAGCGCCUUGAUCUCUCAGAGAACCUUCUAGACACCCUGCCCCCAGAGAUUGGAGACCUGAGCAGCCUCACCGAGCUCAAUCUGGCUUCCAACCAGCUGCAAGGCCUGCCGAUCUCCCUUGUGGGGCUGCGGUCCUUGCGGUUCCUUAUUUUGCACAGCAAUCUCCUGACCUCAGUGCCCUCUGGCCUGGCCCACCUCCCACUGCUUGCCCGACUGGAUCUGAGGGACAACCAGCUUCGGGACGUGCCUCCCGAGCUACUGGACGCCCCCUUUGUGCGCCUUCAGGGGAACCCCCUGGGCAAGGCUCUACCUGCCUCCCACAGUGCCCCAGAGACGCCUGUGACCCGCGAAAUGCCCAGACUGUUCCUGAACUCAGACUUGGACAGCUUCCUGGUGACUCCCCAAGGCUGCUUGGUGACCCUGGGCUGUGGGGUCCGCCUGAGGUUUCCUGCUGGGGCCACCGCUGACCCUGUCAACAUCCACUAUCGACUCCGGCUGCCGGAGCCACGCCUUGUCCCCUUGGGUCCCCAUGAUGCCCUGCUCAGCGCUGUCCUGGAGCUGCGGCCCCACGGGGUGACCUUCCAGCAGGAGGUGGGCCUGUGGCUACUCUUUGUGCCCCCCCGGGCCCGGCGCUGCCGUGAGGUGGUGGUCAGGACCCUGAGUGAUGACAGCUGGAGUGACUUGGAGACGCAUCUGGAGGAAGAGGCACCCAAGCGGCUCUGGGCUCACUGCCAGGUGCCCCACUUCUCGUGGUUCCUCGUGGUUUCACGUCCUGUAUCCAACACCUGCCUUGUGCCACCGGACGGGACAUUGCUGUGCUCCUCUGGACAUCCUGGGGUCAAAGUCACAUUCCCCCCUGGUGCCACCGAUGAGCCUCGUCGCGUCCGCAUGCAGGUGGUACACAUGGCUGGCAGAGAGCUUCGAGCCCUCCUUGAGGAGCCCGGGGCAGCGGCUAGCCCCCUGCUGUGCCUCUCCCAGCGUGGCACCUCCAGCUUCCUCCAGCCUGUCACCGUGCAGCUGCCUCUGCCCCCUGGUGUCACAGGACUGAGUCUGGAUCGCACUAGUCUUCACCUGCUGUACUGGGCGCCUCCUGCAGCGGCCUGGGAUGACAUCACAGCCCAGGUGGCGCUGGAGAUCACCCACCUGUAUGCUCGCUUCCGGGUCACACACUUCUCUUGGUCAGUGCCCCCGACCCCGCCCCAGCUUCCUCGGCCCGCCCCGCAGCGCACCCGAGUGCCGCCCACACUCAUCCAGGGCCCUCGCAGGUACUGGCUCUGGCACACCACCAAGAGCUGUGUGCAGGGCCUGGCUCGGAAGGCCUGGGAGCGCCUGCGGCUGCACCAGGUCAACCUCAUCGCCCUGCAGCGGCGCCGGGACCCCGAGCAGGUCCUGCUCCAGUGUCUGCCCCGCCGCAAGGUGGACGCCACCCUGCAGCGGCUGCUGGACCGGUACCGAGGCCCUGAGCCCUCUGACACGGUGGAGAUGUUCGAGGGCGAAAAAUUCUUUGCUGCCUUCGAGAAGGGUAUUGACGUGGAUGCUGAUCGCCCAGACUGUGUGGAGGGCAGGAUCUGCUUCGUGUUUUACUCACACUUGAAGAACUUGAAGGAGGUGUAUGUGACCACCGCCCUGGAUCGGCGGGCUCAGGCUGUGAGGGGCCAGGUGUCCUUCUACCGGGGAGCAGUGUCGGAGGAGGUGCCCGAGGAGGCAGCAGCUGCCCGGCAGAGAAAGGGCGCAGACCCCCUGUGGAUGGCCACUCUGCCCAUCAAGCUGCCGAGACUGCGGGGGUCCCAGGGGCCAGAGCAGGGCCAGGGGGCUAGCCUCUCCCUGGCUCCUCUGAACCUGGGUGAUGCUGAGACUGGCUUCCUGACCCAGAGCAACCUGCUGAACGUGGCUGGGCGCCUGGGCACUGACUGGCCAGCUGUGGCCCUGCACCUGGGCAUGCCCUACCGAGAGCUGCAGUGCAUCCGACACGAGUUCCGGGACGACCUGGACGGUCAGAUCCGUUGUAUGCUCUUCUCCUGGGCUGAGCGCCAGGCAGGGCAGCCCGGGGCCGUGGGUCUCCUAGUGCGGGCCUUGGAGCAGAGCGACCGGCUGGAUAUAGCUGAAGAGGUGAGGGCUAUCUUGGAGCUCGGCCGCCAAAAGUACAAGGACAGCAUCCAGCGUGCAAGCCUCGCCCCCAGGGACCUUGCCCCACCUGAGCCUUCAGCAUCACAGUCCCCAGAGUCUGCCCAGACUUAGACCCCACUGACUUGGGGCUGGCCCCUGAUGUACCCUGGCCAACAGUCAGAUGCCCACAUUUUCCCACCCGCCCCGUGUAUGGGGACAGUGACCUCCCCGAGUGUAACAAAUGUGUACUGUUGUGGUGGCU